AUGCAGCAGAACCCUCCGACUCCUUAUCCCGAGGUCUUCUGGACAAACAACAGUGCAGUUUUGGGCCCCAACUGUGUCCCGCUGGGCUUGUACCCCACCGGGGCUGGGCCCAGGCCCUGUCAGAACACGUGCUCUUCUUGGCCCGUGCCAGAAAGGAACAGACAAAGAGCGGGCUCUAAGGACGGCACAUGCCUAUGUUUCCUGGUGGCUUUUCUGCUGGUCUUCUUGGCCCUCAUGGGGGUUGGAUUAGCAAUGUUUCAGAUCUUCCGUCUGCAGAAGGAGUUGGAGCUCUCCGGGAAUGGACACAUGCCUCAGCCUCCAGAGAUGCUCAAAGGGUUCUGUCUAAUAACACCACCCCUUCUCUACCGCAAUGCAGGUUUCCCGAACAGAACAACAGAAAAAAUGGUCAAGAGGACAGCACACUUAACAGGUAUACCGAACCAGAAAUCUCUGCCUCUAGAAUGGGACAGUACCUACGGACACGCUUUCGUCUCUGGCAUCCGAUACGAAAACAAAGGCUUGGUGAUCGAUGCUGACGGUCUCUACUUUGUGUACUCCAAAGUGUUCUUCCGCGGUCAGCACUGCAGCAACCAGCCCCUCGAGCACGUGGUUUUCAAACGAAACCCGGUUCACUCUGGUUCCCAAUCCCAGGUGCUGAUGGAGGACAGGAAAAUGAACUACUGUUUGAGCACACGCAUGUGGAGCAGCGACAGCUACCUGGGCGCCUUGUUCAACCUUUCCAGACAGGACAGCCUGUACGUGAACGUCUCUCAGUUCACCUUGGUGAAUUACGAUGAAUCGAAAACUUUCUUUGGCUUAUACAUGCUUUAGAAAUGAACAAACAGAGGAUGUGGAGAUUCUGAGACACGUGAAUGUACAAUAAGCUAGACUGAUAUUGGCUCACUUCCAGAGG